AAAAGAAGCAGAAAUAGAAGAAGCGGAGGAAGAAGAAGAAGAAGAAGAAGAAGUCUCCUGACGUCGGCGUUCGCUGGGACGAUGCUCGCAAGUCCGGGGUUUUUCGUGUUGAUGGUCGCCGUUGCGAUUUGUCGGGGGCUACGAUGCAGCAACAUGAACACAGAGGACGAGCUCGUCGAUGGCGGUUCCGAAUACGGUUCUGUUUGGCCUUUGCCGCAGAACGUGCGGAUUUCGACCGUUUCAUUCAAAUUAGCUGGCUCCGCGUUCCAAGUGGUUGACUCCAAAGACUCCACUGCAGGUUCAAGCUGCAGCCUCCUGCAGAACGCUUACAGAAGGUACUACGAAUACGUGUUCGGUAACGCGAGAAAUCCCGCAGACGCCAGGAGAGUGACCGCGCUGGGUGCGCCUGGGCUGGCGGAGCUACAGGUGUGGAUCACGUCGCCCGACCCCGAAUGUGACGGUUACCCCCGCGCAGCGUCGGACGAGUCAUAUGAGCUUUCAGUUAACCAGACCUAUGCUUUGUUAAAAGCACCAAAGGUGUGGGGUGCUCUGCGUGGUCUUGAAACUUUCAGCCAGUUGGUGUAUGAAGAUGAGCAUGGAGCCAAAACCAUCAACGCAACAGAAAUCAGUGACUUCCCAAGAUUUGCACAUAGAGGCGUCUUACUGGACAGCUCUCGGCACUUCUUGCCCAUUAAAGUCAUCUUGGCAAAUCUGGAAGCAAUGGCAAUGAACAAAUUCAAUGUAUUUCACUGGCACAUCGUGGAUGACCCCUCCUUCCCAUACUUCAGCCGAACCUUUCCACAGCUGAGCCAGCAGGGAGCUUACCACCCAUACACACAUGUGUAUACACCUGCUGAUGUGAAGAUGGUUAUUGAAUUUGCCCGUCUGAGAGGCAUUCGUGUUGUGCCGGAGUUUGAUACUCCAGGGCACACUCAGUCUUGGGGCAAAGGCCAAAAAGACCUACUUACACCCUGCUACUCUGGGUCCAGUCCCUCUGGAACUUUUGGACCAGUUAACCCCAUCCUGAACACCACCUAUGAUUUUAUGAGCCAGUUCUUCAAGGAGAUCAGCACAGUGUUCCCUGAUGAAUACGUUCAUCUUGGGGGCGACGAGGUUGACUUCAACUGCUGGAGGUCCAACCCAGACAUUCAGAAGUUCAUGGAUCAGCAAGGUUUUGGAGGGGACUACAGCAUGCUGGAGUCGUUCUACAUUCAGAAACUCUUGGAUAUCGUCGCUACAACACAAAAGGGCUACGUGAUAUGGCAGGAAGUCUUUGACAACGGAGUUAAGCUGAAACCAGACACACUUAUACAUGUGUGGAAAGGAAACCAGCAGCAAUACCAGGAAGAGAUGGCAAAGGUUACAUCAUCAGGGUACCAGACCCUGCUCUCCACUCCCUGGUACCUGAACCGUAUCUCCUACGGCCAGGAUUGGCGCGGCAUUUACAAGGCCGACCCACAGCACUUCAAUGGAACUGAAGCCCAGAAGAAGCUAGUGAUUGGUGGGGAAGCCUGUCUGUGGGGGGAGUACGUGGAUGCCACUAACCUGACACCCAGGCUCUGGCCUCGUGCCAGUGCUGUAGCGGAACGGUUGUGGAGUGCCAAGGACGUGACUGAUCUUGAUGAUGCCUACAGGAGACUGUCUAUACACCGCUGUCGCAUGGUUGAGCGUGGGAUCCCAGCUGAGCCUUUGUUUACAAGCUAUUGCCCUCGUGAAUACAGGGGUAUUUGAAAACAGCCAUGCUGGAUGAGAAGAAGCAACAACAUUGGAAAGGAAGACUUACGAAUAAUCAUCCUCGUAUGACCAGUUGAAAUAAUGAUGCUGACACACUGAAGAAAAACAUAUUUUCAUGUUUUCUACCAAAUUCUCAAUUUAAUCCUUUGAACUUAAGAAUGCUGUAUCUUUUUAUAUUAAUAUUUGUAUAAUUCCAAGUGAAUAAACCUUUCAAGAAAAAUGUUUUGCCAGUAUAUUCAGUACACCUGUCUGGUAGCAAGUCGCACCUCCUUAGACCCUUCAGAACAGCAUGAAUUAAGGCGCUUUCGGACCAAACAGUUCUGGGGACUUUUUUGAGAGGAACUACCCUCUGGGGAGGUUCCCCAAAAAUUACAAACCCUAAAGGGCUUUUUUCUCUUGUUUGCAUUAGCACUGCCAGGAAUGCUGAAGUGACGCAAUCCCGCGGUUAGUAUACCAACGGCAUUUCUGCGCAAUUUGUAUGCCGCCAUCAACAUGUGUACGAAUAGAUACGUUUAUCUCACUCUGCACAUGAUGCAGCAACAAGAUGGAGGACGCCAUGAUCAGAUGGAGGUUCCAUGGUCAGCGCUAUGUGUUUGUUGUUUGCUGUGAUAAUAAUGGAGUUGGAUAUGAGACGGUGUGAAUUUGGACUAUGUGGUUGCAUUAAAGGCUCAAUAAAGCCUGGA